CUCACAGUGACCAUCAUGUGCUGCGACAUCAACUCAGCCAUGACCACUUUAGGUGUGGCUAACGUGAGCUCUGCUAGCAAAGAAGGACACCGAGCUGUCCGACCAGCUACAGCUGGAUUUCUCUGCUCCAGCUUCCCAAAAGUUGUGACACAGACUGAACUGAAUGCAGAUAGGCAGAUGCUGGACGGGAGCAAUGGAAAGAUGGCGGCGGCCAUGGUACAAAUGUCAUGUUUGUACCGGGGGAUGCUAGCGGUCAGGACCACCGGCAUUAGGACGUUUAUCCCAGGGCUAGUCCCGAUGCAGUUCCGAGCCUUCUCCGUGAGGAAGGAGCCGGAGCUGGAGGAGAACCCGUACUACAGCAAGUACCAGGACAAGAUCCAGAAGCUGCGCAGUGUCAAACCACAGGAGUACAAGGCCCGAGUGGAGAAAAGGAAUGAGUACAAGAAUGAAAUUCUUGGACACUCGAAGCAGGCGGAGUUCGUCAGGCUUAUGGAGCAUGAGAUGGAGAAAAGAGACAAAAUAGCUGCUAAAGACAGAGCUUCAGGAGGUUUCACAAAGAAAAAGACACUGGGCUGCAUUCUCAACAUGGAGAUGAUCCAGGACAAGACAGGGGAGGAAAUAGCAGAGCUUUGGACGAAAUAUUAUUCGACCAAAGACACAGUCAGUGCCGUCAUCCCGUCUCAGAUCUACAGAUUGAUUUUCAGCAGGUCACAGUCCUGCCAGACGUUCCUCUACGCGUUGCCUCAGAAAGAGGGUUAUGAGUUCUUCUUGGGUCAGUGGUCGGGACACGAGCUGCACUUCACGUCCCUCAUCAACGUGCAGACAAUGGGUGAAAAUGCUCCCAGUCAGCUGAUCCUCUACCACUACCCAGACCUGGAGGAGGAGAAGGGUGUGGUCCUGAUGAUGGCUGAGAUGGACCCCAAGUUUAUAACUGUCCACCAGGCUCAGUGCUUGGCCAAUCAGGUGCAGCUAUUCUAUGGCACGCAGAGGCAGGAGACAUACCGAUUGGUGGAGACUUUUAACCACCACCCUACAGACUUCAAACACAUGUUGGUGAUUGCAGAGUUGGAGCAGAGUGGACUGGGGCCGGUCUCCUCUGGAGGAUCGUAGGGAGACCAGAGACGGACUGAAGCUGGCUUAUCAGGAAUUGUUGGUCUUUAUUUAAUAUGUGCUCCUUCACUCAGCAUAUUUUCACAGAGAUGCACCUCUCCUACGAUUGUACAUAAAGUUUGCAGCUGCAACUGUAAUCUGGGUGAAAGAAUUAAAGGAGCAUCAGGAGCUUCUUUUGAAUGGUGACUGGGACUGGAUCAUCUCAAGAUGUUUACUCCACAUCUUUUCAUUGUGUACAACCCCAGGAGAGUAAUGUUGUAUUGAUUUCUUCUAUAAUACAUACUUGUAUCCUACCCUCCACAAAGACUGUGUUAGCUCGACAAAUACCCAGAAAAAAAACAUACAGGUAAAAUAAAUAAUCAUUGAAAGGCCAAAA